UUGAAAUAAAUGCCCAGACGGUGCUUCAGCGGAAGUUUCCUCACCACAGGCUCUAAACAAAGCCGACGCUUUUUUCUGACAUAACGAUGGCGGCUUCGCAGAGUCAACCAAUCCCAACCGUUUGCGCUUCAGAGCGCGUUUCUUGCGACUGAGGGUGCCCUUCCUUUCACAAAGUUGGUUGGGUGAAUUUGGCUCCUCACUUGGUCGUCUCUGAUUGAAUGGAAGUGGCGCUUUUUCUGCUGCGUUUACUAUUUUAAAGAUCACAAAAGCGAAGAUGCGGUUGCUCAAACCGUUCCAGGGAAAACUUAGUUAAAAGCAGGCGAAUUAAUUAUACAUCGGCCUUCGAAACUUUACCGCCAACUUCACCGAAGGUUUCCUUGUUUUUGUCCGCAACCCCACUAUGCCGAAGCGAUGGACGAACUUGCAGACAAUCGGAAACGUCUCGUGCCUCCUGCUGCUUCUGCUGCCUCCAACCUUCUGCCGACGCUCGACGAAUCCACUGCCCAGCGAAGCCCGUGUCUCGGGACCAUGGUCCGAGUCUCGGGGCGAUGCUGGCCCAACGUCGGCCGCCACGUCCAGUUCCUCGGCCUUUGACGGGCGCCGGCCGGUGUGGAGGGGUGUGCCGGUCGCUCUACGGUCUUCUCCAGUGCCUCCACGGAAGAAAGAGCCACGUCCGCCCAAGUCCAACGUUCUUCCGCGCGAAAAGAAGCCCAACAUCAUUCUGGUAUUGACGGAUGACCAGGACAUUGAGCUGGGCUCGAUGGGGUUCAUGCCCAAGACAAUGUCGAUCCUGGGGCAGGGCGGGGCCCACUUUCCGCAUGCCUACGUGUCCACGCCCAUGUGCUGUCCGUCCCGGAGCUCCCUGCUGACGGGCCUGUACGCCCACAACCACCAGGUGCACACCAACAACGACAACUGCUCCUCCCCGCAGUGGCAGCAGGAGUUUGAGUCGCGCUCCUUCGCCACCUACCUCAGCAGCGCUGGCUACCGAACAGCCUACUUCGGCAAGUACCUGAACGAGUACAACGGGAACCACAUCCCUACGGGGUGGCGGGAGUGGGCGGCCCUGGUGCGCAACUCGCGCUUCUACAACUACACGGUGAGUGUGAACGGCCACAAGCGCAAGCAUGGGGAGGACUACGCUCGGGACUACUACCCGGACCUGGUGGCCAACGAGAGCCUGGCCUUCCUGCGCCAGUCCAAGCAGCUCUUCCCCACACGGCCCGUCAUGAUGGUCGUCUCCUUCCCCUCGCCUCAUGGGCCCGAGGACUCCGCCCCUCAGUACCAGCAUCUCUUCCACAACGUCACCACGCACAGGACUCCCAGCUGGAACCAUGCUCCCAACCAGGACAAGCAGUGGCUGUUGCGCUACACGGGCCAGAUGGAGCCCAUCCACAUCCGCUUCACCGACAUGCUCCACACCAAGCGGCUGCAGACCCUGCAGACGGUGGACGACGCCGUCGAAAGGCUGUACAAGGAGCUGGUGAGCCUGGGCGAACUGGACGACACAUACAUCUUCUACACGUCGGACCACGGCUACCACCUGGGCCAGUUCGGGCUGGUCAAGGGCAAGUCGAUGCCCUUCGAGUUUGACAUUCGGGUGCCCUUCUUCGUCCGGGGCCCUAAGGUGCCCCGCGCCACAAGGAUAAAAGAGAUAGUUCUGAAUAUUGAUCUAGCGCCAACCUUUCUAGAUAUUGCUGGCGUUGAGAUUCCGGAUCACAUGGAUGGAAAGUCCAUCUUCCCAAUCCUGACUGAUGCCUUUGCGUCCACAGCAACUGGUAAUAACCAGGUAGAACCAAAACGGAAGAAAUCAUGGCGUGACACUUUCCUCAUUGAGAGAGGGAAGGUCACGAAAGAGUACCUAUUUGAGGGCCUGCACAAAUCCACCCGAGAGCGCAACGUUCACGUCAAGUGCUCGUCUGGGAGGCAUCCCUCGCCAUGCCUCGCAAAUCAGAAAUGGGAAUGUGUCCACGACGGGGAACGGUGGCACAUGCGACGCUGCAAGCUGCACCCACGCCAUCGCAAGGACUGUGUCUGCUCCGAUAAUGGAGCAGACUCUGGAACAGUUGCGCUCGAAUCGAGUUCUGGCUUGGAUUUGGGUGGCUCCGGCUUGGAUCUGGCUGGCUCGGAGCUCGCGCCGUCGAAAACGGUAGUUUUCAAAAAGCCCAGGCCCGUGGCGCACUCUAUGCUGGCGGCCGUGGACUCAACCGGCCAUUUUGGGAGCUUGAGCUCAAAACUGACUGCCGAGGAACGGAAGCAGCAGCGGAGGUUCCUGCGGGAGCAUGUCGGACGAGCUUUCAGGCCCGUCUUCAUGGGGGUGAGGGCACGGAGACGUGCGGAGGAACUUCAAGACGGUCUGGACUUGGCCGAUGACUCUGCAGUUUCGGCGUUCCUCAAUGCGACGGUGGAAGAGCUGCUACAAGAGGAGGUGAAGCUGCUCCCCAAGGGGUCACCGCCGGCGCCUCGCAGUGAAGUGGUCCUGGGAGACGAGCCCAAGCAGGACACGCUGUGCGGACCCGAGGGCAAGUGGUGCCUAGAACCGGCCACGGUGCCCCAGAAGCGGCGCCACCUGUGGCGGCACAAGAAGGAGCGCAUCGACGCCAUCAUCCGCAGGCUGCGCCAGAAGCUGGAGGAGCUUAAGGACCUGCGCAAGACCAUGAAGAAGAAGAAGCACAAGCACCAUGCCGCCAGGACCAGGCUGGCCGCAGCGGACACUCCCGAGGCCGGGGACUGCGUCUGCAGGGAGGAGCGGCUCGGCGUCAUCCCUGUCGGGAGCCUCGAAGAUUCUUUUGGAGGCGAGCCGGGCCGGAGGACGGACGAGAAGACUAAGCGGAAAGAGCGCAAGUUCCGCCGCAAGUCCAAGUUUGAGAACACGACGUGCAACCUGGAGAAGAUGAACUGCUUCACCCACGACGACAACCACUGGAAGACGCCGCCGUUCUGGACAUUGGGUCCUUUCUGCUUCUGCCAGAAUGCGAACAACAACACCUUCUGGUGCCUGCGGACGAUCAACGACACCCACAACUUCCUCUACUGCGAGUUCAUCACGGGCUUCAUCACCUUCUACGACAUGACGGCAGACCCCUACCAGUUGAGGAAUGCUGUGCAUGACCUGCCUUCUCAAGUGGUCCAAGAGCUACACAAUUCUCUGGAGCGACUGAAGCGCUGCCGUGGUGCCAAGGAGUGCCAAAUGAGAUACAGGGGCGAAGGCCGGAAGGGAGAUGCCUCGCAUGGGACCAUUCGAUCGAGGCACGACAGGCACUGGAGAAACUCUCGCGCAAAGUGAGCUUCGGCCACAUUUUCGUCCCACCCUUUGCUCACCAUAAAACAAAGGAAGCUGUGCCACACCCGGAAUCGGGGCCCAGCGACAGCAACAGUUCCUGUAAAUUCUGAUGUCGCCUCGCUGACCUAGCAUUUUGUUUUUGGUUGGGAUCGGAAAAUGUUUCAAGGUAGUGACUGACUGAAAUGCACUCUACGUGACUUCCUGACAAUGCUCCUUAAGCAUAAUUGCUCAAAAGGUUAUGUUACUUUGUGUGGCGGGGGAGGCCACCUCUUUCUACAAGUUGUUUUCGUGGGGGAUGACUCGUGUCCCAAAGUUCGUUGUACUUGCGAUGCGUUGCGUUGUACUUGCGAUGCGUUGGCAGAGGAAGACGUCGGCUAUCAACAAGCCUGGGAAUCGUGGCCACCUGGUGGUCGGAGCACGAAACGAAAAAGUGGGGAGAAGGUUACUUUCUGUGGUCACUGCAAAAUUUUCAAACUCUUCUCACAAGUCUGCAGAAAGCAGAACGUUCUCACCUGAAAUGUUUCUUUCGAAAUCCCGGGAAGAUUUAUUUUUGAAUAUGGGAAUGACUUCAGCUGUUUGUCAUCUUUUUGUCUCAUAUUAGUCUCCAUGGAUUGCGGUAUACUUAAAGAAGUAGGUCCUUGCUGUACCGUAAGUCAAACCUUCCUGCAGUUCGAGCAUUCCCUGUUUCCCACUUCACGUUUCGACAUUGUUGUGGGUCAACGCAAGUCUGCUUGGUGGUGGUUUUCAAAUGUGCAUUUGUGGUAUGUCUUAUCGGCAAUGCCCACGGCAUUUGUAGUCUUGGGCCACGUUUUUCGGCCAUCAUGUUUAGGUAGGUUUUAUAUGUAUCGCAAUCGCUGUUGCAUCACUCUGUAUGUUUUUGAAUCUCUUUCUGCAUCUUAGUUUAGAUACUUUUAUGUUUACAAUUUCUGCGACGCUAAGCGUGCCCCUGCUCAAAAGCGCUGGUUGCUUUUGCGACGGGUUUGUGCGGCCCCACUUUCCAGCUCAUGCGUGUACUACAAGGUGGUUUCGAAGAAAACAGCUGUUCUUAAGCAAUCUAGGGAUCAACGACUGUGCGUAUCAGUUUGGGUUCCCUCGAAUGUGUACUUUGCUGGUUUCUGUUCUGCUGAUACUUUCCCUUUGGAAACAUUAACAGAACACUUAUUUUUACUUUUUGACAGGGGUUAGCAACUAGGCCACUUGUUGCAGUGUGAAAACAUUGUCAUGAGAUGGCGUAACCCGGCCAUUGUCUAGUACAGUGAAUAGCAUGAAGUUGGGCUUUGAAAUUUUGUUCUGUAGUACGCAUCAUUAUACUAAAGUACACAUUUUUGUGUUGCCUAUCACAUCCCGCUACGGUUUGCAGCUCCUAAGACCUGUCUGCCAGUCGUUUUCUUCGGGGCACCUCGUGUCAUGAUGUCGGGGGAGCAUAUUCAGUUGUGACUGGACUUUUUUUUUUUUUUUUUUUAAUUACUAUUGCAAUUUGAGGUUAUGAGGAGAAGAUCCAGCCUUGCCUGUUGCUGUACAAAUGUGAGUUGAGAUGCUAGCCGGGCAUGCUGCCUUUUUGGCGACAAAUUAACUGCAGCCUCGAGCCAAAGACAGUCUUUUUUUCUUUCAUGCAUUGGUCAGCCGAGACAAAAGUAAUGUUCCUAGAGAUGUUUUCUUGAGCCGACUUGUAGUUGGGCUUUACCUACUUUUGUACCGACCACUUUGAACGGGCAGUUUUCACGAGCCGGAGCGGCAGUUGUGAAGGGAGUGAUACGAAGGAAUAUCGUCGCAGCGUCGUUUGGUUGCGGAGUUAGUUUUUUUUCCACAUAUUUAUACACACACCUUGUAAUAUAUACACCCCAGUGCUAUGCAGCGACGUAGGAAAAUGUAUGUUUUCAGUGUUUAGGCUGUUAAGUAGUUUUUGCGGUUGACAUUGUUUUAGAGAGAGUAUGGUCAUUGCCAUUAGCACACUUUCUUUUUGAAGUGCAUGUUCAGGAACCAUGGCCGUUCAAUGUUACUAUGUUGUGUCUUUGACCUUGCUUUUUAUUUUCUGAAAGUGGGCAUUUGUUUAGGAUUUCAACCGACUUUUUGUGCAGACUUUCUGUUCAGAACAAAGACCUGCCUCGUUCUAGUUUUACAAAUUUUGUAAACACUGUUGGAAGCGAAUUUGAGUGAUAUUGUUUGAAGGUCACACGCAUGGACACUUGCACUGCUUCUGAAUAAAAAUAUAAUUUACUUUUUUUCA